UCGGAAGUGACGUAGAGGGGAACUGGAAGGCCAGCACCCGGAAGUGUAUCCCCCAACUCCAGCCCAUUCAUCACACGUGGUCAGCAGGACACAGGAGCAGAGAGAGCGCGAGAGAGAGAGAGGAUGUUCCUUCAUUACUACCUGGACCCUAAUGGGGAAAGAGUCUACACACUGAAGAAGGUGGAUCCAGAGGGCAGGACCACCUCCAGCGCCCACCCAGCUCGCUUCUCCCCGGAUGACAAAUUCUCCCGGCACCGGGUCACCAUCAAGAGGCGCUUUAACCUGCUCGUCACCCAGCGGCCACCUCCUGUCCUGUGACACCCUCGCAGCCCGCCCACGCCCUCGCUCCGCUGCGAUUCGGAGGGAGGGGGAGGG